AUGCUUGGAUUGACCAGAACUGUUGUGAAAUCCCAGACACCGGCCGCGUUCCAGGCGCUCCGUUUUGCCUCCAAGCAAGUGGGUCUUCCUGCCAAGGACUUGACCCCAAGACCUAUGGAAACAGACUUGCCAUUGAUGUCGCAGAAAACCGCUUCGUCGCCCAUCGACUAUGCCUUGACGUCGUUGGAUGCCAUUGCCAUGUGGGCAAGAAAGUCUUCUUUCUGGCCCGUGACUUUUGGUUUGGCCUGUUGCGCCGUGGAGAUGAUGCAUGUUUCUACUCCCAGAUAUGACCAGGACAGAUUGGGUAUUAUUUUCAGAGCGUCGCCUCGUCAGUCCGAUAUCAUGAUUGUUGCCGGCACUUUGACCAACAAAAUGGCUCCUGCGUUGAGACAGGUUUACGAUCAGAUGGCCGACCCUAGAUGGGUCAUUUCGAUGGGCUCUUGUGCCAAUGGUGGAGGCUACUACCAUUACUCGUACUCGGUGGUGCGUGGGUGUGACAGAGUCGUGCCCGUUGAUAUUUAUGUUCCGGGCUGUCCUCCAACGGCCGAGGCUUUGAUGUACGGUGUCUUCCAGUUGCAGAAGAAGAUGAUGAAGACCAGAGUGACCCGUUUGUGGUACAGAAACUAA